GGGACCGGGAUUUUGUUCCGGGAGUUCCCGGCAUUGCCCGAGGCCGCCCCGGACCCUCCGCGGCCGUUCCGCCCCUCCCCCGGUUCCACCGCUCUGUGACGGCGCCGGGCGGAACCGGGGCCGCUCUGUGACGUCAUCCCCGGCCCGGCGGGACCCUCGGGACCGGGGGGGACCCUCGGGGAGCCUCGGGCGCUGCCGUUGUCCCCUGGCCCAGCCAUGGCUCCGCUCUGGCUCCUGCUGCUCCUGCUGGCCGCGCCCGCCCGCGCCACCUGGGACUCGUGCGACGGUACGUGCGGUCUCCAGCCCAUGGCCGAGGAGUUCGGCGGCGGCUCCGGGCCGGUUCCCGGGGCCUGGCCGGGGCUGGCGAGCAUCCAGGACCCGCUGCGGGCCGGCAGCGGCCACAUCUGCGGCGGGAGCCUGAUCGCGCCCGGCUGGCUGCUGACCGCGGCGCGCUGCCUGCCCCGGAACGUCACCGCCUGCCGGGUGGUUCUGGGCGCCGCCGACCUGAGCGACCCCGGGCCCGAGGCCGAGGUGCGGCGCGUGCUGCGGGCGCGGCUGCACCCGGGGCUGGACGUGGCGCUGCUGCAGCUGCAGCCGCCGGCGCGGUGCAGCGACUUCGUGCAGCUGGGCUGCGUCAGCCGGGCCCGGGAGCGGCGGGGCACCGAGGGCAUCGGGCCCUGCUACACCGCGGGCUGGGCACCGCUGGCGGGCACAGCCCCGCCCCGGGAGGUGAUGCGGGAGGUGCAGGUGCGGCUGCUCCCGCCCGAGCUCUGCGACAGCGCCGGGAGCGCGGCCCCGCCCCAGGUGUGCGCGGAGAACCCGCGGGGCGGCUCCGACAGCUGCCAGGGUGACCCGGGCGCGCCCCUCGUGUGCCGGUUCCGGGGCUCGGGCCCGUUCUGGCUCCUCGGUGUCACCGCCAGCGGCCGCGGCUGCGUCUUCACCCCGGCCUGGCUCUUCAGCCGCUGGAUCCUGCGGCAGCUGGAGAGCCCCGACGGCCCGGAGCUCGAAGAGCCGAGCGCGGUGCUGCUGCGGUUCUUCUCCGUGAUGCGGGACCUGAUCCGGUUCCUGCGGGACACCGCGGGGCGGCUGAGGGCGCGGGAGCGACCGGGACACCGGGGCGGGACUGCCGGUGUGCCGGGAUGGGCACUGCCGGUGUACCAGGACGGGAGUGACCGGGGCACCGCGACGGGACUGCCGGUGUGCCGGGAUGUGAAUUCCCUCCCGGGAUGGCAAUUCCCCGUGUGCCGGGAUGUGAAUUCCCUCCCGGGAUGGCAAUUCCCCGAGUGCCGGGACGGGAAUUCCCUCCCGGGAUGGCAAUUCCCCGUGUGCCGGGAUGUGAAUUCCCUCCCGGGAUGGAAAUUCCCCGUGUGCCGGGAUGGGAAUUCUUUCCCGGAUGAGUACUCCCGGUAUCCUAGGACAGGAAUUCCCUCCCGGAUGGGCAUUCCCGGUGUCCCAGGAUGUGAAUUCCCUCCCGGGACGGGAAUUCAGGGUGUACCGGGACAGGAAUUCCCUCUCGGUGUGCCGGCACGGGCGUGCCCGGUGUGCCAGGAUGUGAAUUCCCUCCCGGAUGAGCACUCCCGGUGUCCCGGGCCAGGAAUUCCCUCCCGGAUGAGCACUCCCGGUGUCCCGGGACAGGAAUUCCCUCCCGGUGUCCCGGGCCUCACCCGCUCCGUGCCCAUCCCGAGGAGCGGCCCCGCCCCCCCCGGCUCUAAUUUGAAUAAAAUCCCGCAUUUUGCUCAUUCCUGA